CGCGAAGUCGGCGUCAUGGACAUCAUGUCUCGAUAAAGUGACGAUGGCGCCGCCACCUCAGGCCAUUGCAGCCCGCGCCCUCCUUUUAAUAGAAGCCUACGCAUACGGUUGAAAGCCUGCAACACCGUCACCAUGGCGUACAACCCCAAGAUCACUGAUCUGCACUGCCUGACCAUUGAAGAGCUCCGCGUGCUUGCCGCGCAACGCAUGGACAAGCAGACACGCGACUACUACAACGAAGGCGCAGACUCAGGCUCCACACUCGCAGAGAACAUCUCUGCAUUCCAGAAAUACCGCAUCCGACCACGCGUCCUUCGCGAUAUUUCCGUAAUCGACACCACCGUCGAUGUCUUCGGACAGAAAUCCAGUAUGCCUGUCGGCGCAGCCAGCACCGCUAUGCACUGCCUCGCGCAUCCAGACGGCGAGAUUGCAACAGCGCGGGCCUGCAAAGCGCAAGACACGGUCAUGGGACUGAGCAGUUUCGCAACGCAGACGCUCGAGGACGUCAAGGACGCCAUUGGCAGCACACCUAUGGCGCUGCAACUGUACCUCUUCGAAGAGCGCGACCACAGUGUAAAGCUGAUCAAGCGCGCGAAAGCCAAGGGCUACAAAGCUGUGCUGCUCACGGUCGACACGCCCGUCCUCGGACGCCGAAACAUGGAGAUCCGGAAUCAGUUCACGCUGCCGAAGCAUCUCAAGAUCGCCAACUUCGCGAAUCGAGACGACGGAGACUCCGCGAAGAGCAACACGGUCAGCGAAUCAGGAUACCACGAUGGCGAGAAGAGGGUCCUGCCCAAGGGCCCGAUUAGGUUCCACACGCACGCCGCAAACCCGACGUUAACAUGGGAGAAGGAUAUCGAAUGGUUGAAGGAGCAGUGUCAUCCCGAGAUGGAGGUCUGGGUCAAGGGUAUCGCGACGGAGGAGGAUGCGCUGCUUGCGUGCCGCCACGGCGUUGAUGGUAUUGUCGUGUCGAACCAUGGUGGGAGGCAGCUCAAUGGCGCUCUGGCGACGAUCGAUGCGCUGCCUGAGGUCGUCGCAGCUGUAAGAAGUCAGGGCAAGAAGAUCCCUGUCCAUGUCGACGGUGGGAUUCGACACGGUACAGAUGUGUUCAAGGCGCUUGCGCUUGGCGCAGACUUUGUGUGGAUCGGCCGGCCGAUCUUGUGGGGUCUGGCGUACAAGGGCCAGGAGGGUGUUGAGCUUGCACUUCAACUCAUAGGCGACGAAUUCAAGCUGUGCAUGGGUCUGGCUGGUGUGACAAGUAUCAAGGACAUCGGGCCCGAGUACCUGGUCAAGAUCGACAAGAGUGGGUUUGUGAGCAAAUUGUAAUCGGGGUCUAGCUGAUUUCAAUUGGUCUGCGACUGUACUGCUGUGGUCAAUGUGUACAAGUAAGAUAGCGAUGUAUCCUGAUGUCUACCCAAUUUAACCAGCAAAGUGGAGGUGUGUGGUUGUCCAAAA